AUGCAGAAAGGAAUGGACAAUUCCCAUAAGUUCAGAAUUGAUGCCCUCUUGGCAGAAGAAAGCCCCCGGCUGUUACCCCUUCAUGGCAGAGAGACUGCAGUGGCUCCCUCGACCCCUUUAUCACAAAUGUACCCCAAGACGAGUUACUUGCCCCUGCAUGGGCUGUACCCGGCUCCAUUCUACCACCUGCCCACCCUGAGCACCGGGCACCCCCACUUCCCCUACAAUGGCUUCACGGGGGUCCCUGCCCCAGGGGCAGAGCACAUGAAGGCCGCCUCACUGCCCCUGGAACACUGGCUAAGGGCUGGACUGCUGCUACAUCGGGGGCCAGAACUGCACUCUUCCGCCCAGCCAGGUCUUAUGGGGAAAUGCAGACGGCCUCGUACAGCCUUCACCAGUCAGCAGCUGCUGGAGCUAGAGAACCAAUUCAAGCUCAACAAAUACCUGUCACGGCCAAAGCGCUUCGAGGUGGCCACAUCUCUUAUGCUGACGGAAACACAGGUAAAGAUCUGGUUUCAGAACCGCAGAAUGAAAUGGAAGAGGAGCCGUAAGGGGAAAGAACAAGGGCUGCCAAACCACAGCGACAGGAAGCGGUCGGAGGGCAUCGCGCCCAGCAAAGAUCCUCAGGAUGAGGACGAGGAGGAAGAGGAAGAGGAGGACGAAGAUGUAGACUUCCAAGGAUCAGAGAGAGACACAGACAUCUUACGGCACAAUGGCCAGCUCCGCUACAGCCCAGAGUCUUUUUGCUCCGAGGAAGAGAGCGGGGCUCUGCCCUCCCCAUAAGAUACUGACUGAGUGACUGUGGGCAAUGUGCAGCCCGAAGUUUAUUUAUUUA